CUCCGUGGGUUGUUGUACUAGGGCCUACACGUAUAGAUCUAUUAAUAUUACGAGUUUAUGAAUUAAUCAUGGAGAAAGAUAUUCAACAAAUCAAUGAUGCAUUAUAACUUUUGAUGUGGAUUUCAAUCAAGCAGAUCCGAGAUGGUUAUCGAUGACGUGUGGAUACAACAACUAGAUCCACUAACUAUAGGGCGCUAGAACUUGAUCUCCUUUUUCGAAGUUUAGAUUCAGAUGGUGCCAGUCAUCAGGCCCAGAGGAACGUUGUGAUUGGUCAGUGUUUACCCCUAGAAGUUUGUGAGGACCCCCAUGGUUCUAGGGGUAGGUCAGUGUUGGAGUCAAGAGCGUGACAUCUUGAUUCUGAUAGACAGGGGUUAUUUUUUUCACAGAUGUCUAGAGCCUAAUCAUUGCAUAUAGAUCACUUGCGCUUACCUAUGGAGAAACAAGUUCGCGUCAUCCUCUGGGCCCUCCCCAGAACCUUGUCUACUGCUUUCUUAAAAUGUAUGAAUGGAGUUCCUGAUUCCAAGAUGUUCUAUGAGCCCUACACAACCGCAUAUCUUUUCGGACCUGACCGGCCGUACGACAGUGCGCCGCGUCCCUCCGACAGUUCUGAAUGUGGUUCAGUAGAUGUUGCUGGGAAACCAUGUGAUGCUGUUUCAGGUUUUGAUGAUUCAAUCUGUACCUACAAGUGGGUGAAGGAACAGCUUGAAGCCCCCUUCCAAGGUAAACAACUCAUAUUUUGCAAAGAUAUGGCCUACUGCCUGAACAAGAGCUAUGAGCAUCUCCCACAAGGCUACAAGUUUAUCUUCCUGAUUAGGCAUCCGAAAAAGGUGAUUCCAUCUUGGAAAAAACUCAUAAGCGAUUACAGCAGAAAGAAAGUGGAAGACUUUGUUUUGGAUGAGCUUGAGCCACCAAUAAUGCCUCCUGAGAUUGGUUAUGGGGAGUUACUAGAGCUCUUCGAGUACAUAAAACAGCAAGGUUUGGAUGCAGAGCCUAUCGUCAUUGAUGCAGAUGAUUUGUUGGCUGACCCGCACGCCAUCAUGUCUGCUUGUUGCAAGAAGACUGGAGUGCCAUACAAUGACAAUUUGCUUACAUGGGAGGAAGGGGGCAGGGCAGUGGAAAACUGGGCAGUCAGCAAGAAUCUCAAGUAUGUCAUUGCAGACGCCGGGUCCUUUGACAAUGUCAAGAGGAGUUCUUGCUUCCAGAAACCAGAUGCAGGCCCCGAGGUCUCAGGAGGGUCAGAGCAAUCACCCGAUGUGCAGAGAUUUGUGGAGAAAUGCAUGCCACUGUACAGCAAGUUGUAUGAAGUGAGAUUGAAAUGAGCCAAUUCAUGACCAAGUCUAAGAAAGGGAACUGAUGAAAUUAAUACUUAAAAAAAUGGUUUUAUAAAAACAAACAAAAAAGGACAGCAGUAUAGAAAAAGUCUGAAAAAUGUCAUGCUUAAAAGCAUGUUUUAAUAUCCAGUACAAACAGGAGGUAAUAAUGUACUUGUAAAUUAGAUUAGAAAGUUGACGCUACCAACCAACACUAAAGCAAAAUUUCCCACAAAAUUUAACCAAAAAGAAAACCACAAAUUUAAUGUAUGUUUGCCCGAGUUUUAUGAAAAAAAUAAAGAGCAUUGUCUGUAGAUAAUUAAUGAACUAAGAGAACAUGGACAUUAGUGAAUAUAUAAAACUGAAAGUCAAUGAAUGAACCAAGUUUUUAUAAAGUACUUUUCUGUAAGCAGCAAGAAUGCCAGUUUGCAUUUGUUGUUGUGACAGUUUCACAGGCACAUUGUGAUGAUAUUAAAUUGAUUUGAAAAGGGACUCCAGUUAUUGUCUUCUACAUAAACUAAAAACUGAACUGUACACAUUUAUAUGCAAUAUAAUAGUACUGUGACUGCAGGGGGAUUAAUAUAGGGGAUACAUGGUUUACUGCGCAGCAUAUCCUACAAAUUGACAGAGAAAGAUACUUUCAUGAGAUGUUUUAUAAAAUCAUUAAACAAAGGAAAGGACACUAUUACUGUGAAAUGCCCACCAUGAAUAAAAAGGGUGAACAGAUAUACCUAAUGCACUGCUGUCAUGGCUGUGGACAAUUAUAUUCUUAAAAUUCAAUAGAAAAAAAAAAGAAAUUCCCAAAUGUGAAUAAAACUCUCCACUGUGUUUCAUCAAGAGAUAGUCAACUGAAAACUCAAUAUCAACAUUUUAUGAUUUUAUUGUACAUGUAUUGAUAGUUUUACAAUCUGGUACGCUUGUAACUUGUAUAAAGAAAAAUAAUAAAUAGAUAUGUCGGUAGUAACGUUCCGUUUUUUUGUCCUUGAAGUAUCAUCUAUGGAGUUAACUUUUAUACAGUCGAAAAAAACAAAUUAAGAAUAAAUAUUGCUAGAAUAGUGCACUUGCAUAGAUGCAUGUGUUACUCCAAGCUGAAGCCAAGUUAUUUCGACUCUGCAUAACUAUCCCCAGAGUAAUAUCUGCCGUGAUACCUAACAAUAGCAGAACAAUCUCCUUUUUUAGCUGCGAGAUAACAGCUCAAACAAGUCAUCAUGUCUCUGUUGGUAACAAACGUUGACAUUGUCUAUUGCUCCUACAUGUUUUGACCAAUUUCAACCAGACUUUGUCAAAAGUAUCAGUAGCCCAGCCCCAACAUGUCACAUGACCAAACUGGGGUCAAAAACCUGAUUUUUUUUUACUCAAAACACUACUUCCACAAAUUACAUGGCACAAUCAUGUGACCCAUGCUUGAACACGAAUUCAUUGGCCAGCAGCUUUCAAGAUAUUUUUCGGAUGACCUAGUUUAAAGUACUGAAUCUAGUAUAGAACUAUAUGUGUAUUUUUUUUUCUGAAAUGCCUUUAAAAAAAGUUGAUUGGUAAAGAAGUGCCCAUGUGCGCAUAAAACAAGAUAUAAAGAUUUGACUACUUUCAAUCAUUACACAAUAUUUUUAAAAAAAUUAAAAAAUUUUUUUUUUAAAGAUCCGAGGUUAUUUAUUCCUCCCCCAAAGUACCUCAAUUAAAACAAACCAACUUUUUAGCUGCUUGGAAAUUGCAACUAUUGACAAACACAUAUCUGAGUAAAUAUCCAAUUAUUUACAAAUUAGGAGGCAAAAAAAGCAUUAUGUACAUCAACUGUUGAAAACAUCUGGCAUAAUAUGCAGACAAACUGUCAAAGGUCUAAAGCCAAAGAUCUAUUUGCCUUUGGAUUGAUUCAGUAAUGGGACAAGUUAUGCAAAAUUACAGAAUCAAUGACAGUUUUCUUUUAGGGAUUACAAUCAAAUUCAUGGAAAUUUGAUGGAACAUAUAGUGUACAUGUAUUCAUGAUAAGAUUUUAGUCUAGCUGCUGAUCCUAUGCUACAAGCUGAAUGUCCCAAUUCCAUCAAAUUCCCACAGCACAAAUAUUGUUUGGAUUUCGUGAUUUUCAAGGAAUUAACAGAACUGCAGAGCUCAUGGUUCUUGUAUCUGACACAAUUAACUGAAAUUUAUCAGAAUAGACAGAGUCUAGUUAGACCUUUCAUAUUAGGC